UCGAAUAAUGUUACCGGGAAUCGGAAUGUUCGGCACUGGCGAGGUGACCCACGUGCUUGUGCCCAUUCUGCGUGACAAAGGUUUCAACAUCGUGGCGAUAUGGGGUCGAACGGGCAAGGAAGCGGAACAGGCUGCGCUCGAGCUGAAGAUACCGUUCCAUACGGCCAAGAUCGACGAUGUGCUGCUGCGGAAGGAUGUCGAUCUGGUGUUUAUCACCUGCCCACCGUUUCUACACUCGCAGAUAUCGGUGAAGGCGCUCGGCAUCGGGAAGCACGUCGUGUGCGACAAACCGAUGACGCUGAUGCAGAGCGAUGCGCUGAAGAUGGUACGCGCGAGCCAGUAUUAUCCGACGCUUAUUUCCAUCGUGAAUCACUCGUUACGGUUUUUGCCCGCAAUCGCGCACAUGAAGCGAGCCAUCCAGGAAGGUUACAUUGGGCCACCGGGACCGUGCCUUGAUCAGACGCUGAUCGAUGUGAAGGUACGAAUGGGUCCGUUGUUUAAUCGGAAGCGGUACGAUUGGCUGUGCGAUGAGUCGAUGGGCGGUGGAGCGCUCAAUCUCGUCGGGAGUCAUGUGAUUGAUUUGGUAAAGUUUUUGACAGAGCGGAAAGCGGUCCGGGUGCACGGAACGGUACGGACGUACGCUAUGUACGCGUCACAUGCACACACCGGAAUAAGGAGAGUGGCGGCACCGGAUGUUUGUACCUUCCAGAUGGAGCUCGAAAGCGACGGAAGUACUUCGAGUGCGCUCGUAACGGUCAACAUAAAUUGUCACGAGUCUAAUAACGCUUUCCAGCAAGAAGUCGUCAUUUACGGGCCGGCGGGUCAUCUAACGGUACGUGGAGGUGAUCUGGUUGGGCACCGGUUGAAUGCCGAAACGGGCGCCAUCAAGGAGGAAAUGCUUUACGUGGAUGUGCAGGAUCUGCAAUUUUCCACCUCGGACACAACGCUUCCGAGACCGUACGUGAAAGGUCUCUGCAAGCUGGUCGGUGCACUGCGAGAUGCGUUCCAUCCGAACAAGGAAAGUGCCGGCUGGAUUAAAGAACCGGUACAGGCAGCGGCAACGUUUGAGGAUGGCCUGUACGUCCAGGCGGUGCUGGAUGCAAUACGGAAAUCGAGCACUGAACGAUGCUGGACAAAGGUGAACAUUAGCACCGAAUCACCGACGAACCAGCAGAAGCAAAAUGUGCUCGCCAAUGCUGCCGCCCGUAUUGCAUCCGUGUCGGCUAUACGGGCCGAUCCCAGUAUUAAUCAUACCGGAUACUUUUGAACG